GGAAAGAAAAGAAAUUGCUCUUUCUCCUGGGAUGAAAAGCUUCACCCAAAAUGAUUCUCCAUUGAGAAGCUUGGGCAAGGUAUUCGCUGAGAUGAAGGUAGUUUUUUGAAAGGGUGUCUUGGAAAAUCUCACAAACUUCACUCAGAAACCUCCCUGCAACACCCAUCAUGGCAUCUGGCGGACAUACCCCUCUUCCAUCUACUAUCCUAACUCUACUUCUCAAAACUGAUGCUUUAGAAGCACUUCAAAUCUUCAAAGCUCUUACCUCUAAUUAUAGCUCGUCUAUAUUUAUUGACUGAAUAUUUUUGAGUGCCCCAAAUAUAUCAAGUACUGUGCUAGGCACUGGGAAAACAGCAGAGGACAAGACAGAGAAGAUUCUGGAUGGAAUGGAGUUCUGUGCUGGUGGCGGAGGACAUACUUAACUGGCAAUUUCAGCCCAGAUAACCCCGGGAGCCCAGGUCUUCCCACCCCUCGGGCUGUAAAGAAUAUUCUCCCCAGCCUUUGUUCUUAAUGGUGAAGUCCAAGGCUCUUAAGGUGAGGAGGAAGCACUGGCCCAGCGUGGGGAAAGCUUCGUUAGUGUCUCCACCGUCAGCGUCCCGGCUUCGGUGUCGCUCGGAACCUCGCGAAAGGUAAACUGCCAGGGUCGUUUCUGGAUUUUACAGAAGGCAGCAAGAGGUCCGUGUGAACCUAGCCCGAGUCACGUACUCUGCCCAGUGGGUGGAUGUUAAGGCCCAAGCCCCACGCUGUGAUUUUAAGUUCACUCGCUGGGCAAGGUGGGUCAUCCCGGGGAGUCGAGGACUCCCCAGGAUUCCGUUCAGGCCACGGUGCCCCACCUGGAGCUCGGUUAGCGCUAACAUCCCCCAGCAUCCACAGGGAGGCAUUACGUUAGGGUUUUCCUGCCUCGUAAAAAAGUUCCUGUCUCCCCCUAGAGCCAGACACACGCCUCCCAAGCCAGACCACGUGUCGCAGGUACGUUUUCUGGCUCUUCCCCUUCCCCGUUCCUUUCCCCUUUCCUCUCAGCCUUAGGUGGCAGGAAAAUCCUUUACCUCCGACCAAUCCCACUGAUGCCGAGCCGCGCGCGCGCGCCAACUCGAGCUCCUUCUCUGUACGUCAUUGGCCACCUCCACCUAUGCAGAGUGACAGGCAGCUUCGUCGACCUAUAGCCGGAGGAGGCGGAGGCCGCUCGGCCCUCCCAAAGCUGCUUUGUUAGGGGCUCCCUCUCGGUUCCCCAGCCCGCCGCGCCUCUGCUACCUUCCCCCGCUCUCCCAAGGCCGCGCUGCCAGACCCUCGUGGGGUGGCAGCGCCGGAGCGCGCGGCACCCGCAUCCUUCCAGCUUGGCGCCACCGGCCGGGAUGCAGCCCGGGUACCCAGCGUGCUCCUGUUGUCACUCUUCAGCCCAACUCCGAACGCCCCGCUCCUGUAUCCGCCGCCUCCGAUUGGCCGCCUGGAGGCGGAGCGAUUGUCAGGCGGCCCAAUCGGAGCUCCGUUUCCCACGGGUUCCCGUGGCCCCGCCCACAAGGCCGCCGGCAGAGGCGCCCUGACAGCUCCCAUUGGCAGACGGCGAGCGGGCCGGAGUGCGGCCGGGCCGAGCAGCGCCGCCGCCGUCGGGCGCGCAGCUCUGCAGCGCGGCGAACGCCUCGGCGCCCGCAGCCCCAGGAGCCCGGCGUCCCCGCAUUGUCCCCGGCGGCGUCGCGGAGAUCCGGGACGAGCGUCGCGGUUCCAUCAAGGGGCUCUACCCUCGUGAUCUUACCAAAACCCAUCUCUCAAAGACCCAGCCUCCAAACACCAUCCCACUAGUGAUGAGGGCUUCACCACCUGAAAUUUUGGAGGACACAGACAUUCAGUCCACAGCAGUGAGCAAGCAGCCAGGUACGCAGUUUGGAACCAGAAGAGAAAGAGAAACUAGGAGACACGCAAACAAAAGAAUCUAAGUCCAUCGUGCCAGUAUGCCUUUGAUUCCAAGCUACUACAAAAUUUGAAGUGAUGUUUUUAUUGGACAGCCUUGCUCUGGACAGUGACCGCCUACUUAUUUUCCUGGGGUAACUUGCAAGAGUGGAUGGCUGUGUUCCAGAUAUUAACAUUAUCAGAAGCCUGACCUGCACAUGGUUUUUGGCACCUCCUCAUAGACUCAGAUGAGACCAUGACGGCCUUCGCGAGGGACAGGUGCUGAUACCUUGCCCCAGCCCCUGUCACUGUUUAUCCUGGCCAUUUCCAAUCUCAGUAUCUAAAUGCCACAGUGCUCUUGGGGCACGUUGGGCUGGGAACCACUGUUGCCUUGGAAGACCAUAAAACCAUGGGAAACGCAGAGAGUCAAAAUGUAGAGCAUGAGUUUUAUGGAGAAAAGCAUGCCAGCCUGGGCCGCAAGCACACGUCGCGCUCCCUGCGCCUGUCGCACAAGGCGCGGCGGACGAGGCACGCGUCCUCGGGGAAGGUGAUCCACAGGAACUCCGAAGUGAGCACGCGGUCCAGCAGCACGCCCAGCAUCCCCCAGUCUCUGGCCGAAAAUGGCCUGGAGCCCUUCUCCCAAGAAGGCGCCCUGGAGGACUUCGGCAGCCCCAUCUGGGUGGACCGAGUGGAUAUGGGCCUGAGACCCGUGUCGUACACCGACUCUUCUGUCGCUCCCAGCGUAGACAGCAGCAUCGUCCUCACAGCCGCCUCUGUGCAGAGCAUGCCAGACUCGGAGGAGAGCAGGCUUUACGGGGAUGACGCUGCGUACUUGGCUGACGGGGGCAGGAGGCAGCAUCCCUAUACAUCCAAUGGGCCCGCUUUCAUGGAGACGGCGAGCUUUAAGAAGAAGCGCUCCAAAUCUGCAGACAUCUGGCGGGAGGACAGCCUGGAAUUCUCACUCUCCGAUCUGAGCCAAGAACAUUUAACAAGCAACGAAGAAAUCUUGGUUUCCACUGAAGAGAAAGACUGUGAGGAGGCUCGGGGGAUGGAACCCCGGGCGAGUCCGCGGCGGCUCAGCGCCUGUCAGCGUGCCAAUUCCCUGGGUGACUUGUACGCUCAGAAAAACUCCGGGGUGACGGCAAACGGGGGGCCAAGGAGCAAAUUUGCAGGCUACUGUCGGAAUCUGGUGUCUGAUAUCCCCGAGCUUGCAAACCAUAAGAUGCCACCGGCUGCUGCUGAAGACUCUGUUCCUUACAGUAAUUACAACACACUCCCCUGUAGGAAAUCUCACUGUCUUUCCGAAGGUGCCACCAACCCACAAAUUAGCCAUAGCAACAGCAUGCAAGGCAGAAGAGCAAAAACAACUCAGGAUGUUAAUGCCGGCGAGGGCAGUGAGUUUGCGGACAGCGGGAUCGAAGGGGCCACCACCGACACGGACCUCCUGUCCAGGCGAUCCAAUGCCACCAACUCCAGCUACUCGCCCCCCACCGGCCGCGCCUUUGUGGGCAGCGACAGCGGCAGCAGCUCCACGGGGGAUGCGGCCCGCCAGGGGGUGUACGAGAAUUUCCGGCGGGAGCUGGAGAUGAGCACCACCAACAGCGAGAGCCUGGAGGAGGCGGGCUCGGCGCACAGCGACGAGCAGAGCAGCGGCACCCUGAGCUCCCCGGGCCAGUCGGACAUCCUGCUCACGGCCGCGCAGGGCACGGUGCGCAAGGCCGGGGCGCUGGCCGUCAAGAACUUCCUGGUGCACAAGAAGAACAAGAAGGUGGAGUCGGCCACCCGGAGGAAGUGGAAGCACUACUGGGUGUCCCUGAAAGGGUGCACACUCUUCUUCUAUGAGAGCGAUGGUAGGUCUGGAAUAGACCACAACAGCAUCCCUAAGCACGCCGUGUGGGUGGAGAACAGCAUCGUGCAGGCUGUGCCUGAACACCCCAAGAAGGACUUCGUCUUCUGCCUCAGCAAUUCCCUGGGUGAUGCUUUCCUCUUUCAGACCACCAGCCAGACGGAGCUCGAAAACUGGAUCACCGCCAUCCACUCUGCCUGCGCGGCUGCCGUGGCGAGACAUCACCACAAAGAGGACACGCUCCGGCUCCUGAAGUCCGAGAUCAAAAAACUGGAACAGAAGAUUGAUAUGGAUGAGAAGAUGAAGAAAAUGGGCGAAAUGCAGCUGUCUUCGGUCACCGAUUCGAAGAAGAAGAAGACUAUAUUAGAUCAGAUCUUCGUUUGGGAGCAGAAUCUCGAGCAGUUCCAAAUGGACCUGUUUCGUUACCGCUGUUACUUAGCUAGCCUCCAAGGUGGGGAACUGCCAAACCCCAAAAGGCUACUUGCUUUUGCAAGCCGACCAACGAAAGUGGCAAUGGGCCGCCUUGGAAUCUUCUCUGUAUCAUCCUUCCAUGCCCUGGUGGCAGCACGCACUGGUGAGACCGGAGUGAGACGUCGUACUCAGGCCAUGUCCAGAUCCGCAAGCAAGCGAAGGAGCAGGUUUUCUUCCCUUUGGGGUCUGGACACUACCUCCAAAAAGAAGCAGGGACGCCCCAGCAUCAACCAGGUGUUCGGUGAGGGAAGUGAUGCUGUAAAGAAAUCUUUAGAGGGAAUAUUUGAUGACACUGUUCCAGAUGGCAAGAGGGAGAAAGAAAUGGUCUUGCCCAGCGUCCACCAGCACAAUCCCGACUGUGACAUUUGGGUCCACGAGUAUUUCACACCAUCGUGGUUCUGUCUGCCAAAUAAUCAGCCAGCCCUGACGGUCGUCCGGCCCGGGGACACUGCCCGGGACACCCUGGAGCUGAUCUGUAAGACACAUCAACUGGAUCACUCUGCUCAUUACCUGCGUCUGAAAUUUCUAAUAGAAAACAAAAUGCAACACUACGUUCCAAAGCCCGAGGAGGACAUUUAUGAGCUGCUGUACAAAGAAAUUGAAAUUUGUCCAAAAGUCACUCAGAACAUCCAGAUUGAGAAGUCAGAUACAGCCAGUGAUAAUUAUGGCUUUUCCCUUUCCUCUGUGGAAGAAGAUGGCGUUCGAAGGCUCUAUGUGAAUAGUGUAAAGGAAACUGGCUUAGCUUCCAAGAAAGGCCUGAAAGCGGGAGAUGAGAUUCUCGAGAUCAAUAGCCGGGCUGCAGGCACCCUGAACUCCUCUGUGCUCAAAGAUUUCCUCACGCAGCCGUCCCUGGGCCUCCUGGUGAGGACCUACCCCGAGCUGGUCGGGGGUGUGGAGCUGCUGGACUGCCCGCCCCACCGAGCGGACGGCCCCGCGGAUCUCAACGACAGCCCCCUGGCCUUCCUCAGCAGCAACCCAGGGCACGGCCUGUGCGGCGAGCAGGGCAGUGGUGCUGAGACCGCUCUGGAGGAGACCGAAGGGCCAGACCUGGAAUCCUCAGAUGAAACUGAUCACAGCAGCAAGAGCACGGAACAGGUGGCCGCAUUUUGCCGCAGUCUGCAUGAGAUGAACCUCUCUGACCCGAGCCCAUCGCCUCAGGACUCCACGGGGCCUCAGCUGGCCACCAUGAGGCAGCUCACCGACGCUGACAAGCUGCGCAAGGUCAUCUGUGAGCUCCUGGAGACGGAGCGCACCUAUGUGAAAGACUUAAACUGUCUCAUGGAGAGAUACCUAAAACCUCUUCAAAAAGAAACUUUCCUCACCCAAGAUGAGCUGGACGUGCUCUUCGGAAACCUCACCGAAAUGGUAGAGUUUCAGGUAGAAUUUCUGAAAACCCUGGAGGAUGGAGUAAGACUGGUCCCUGAUUUGGAAAAGCUCGAGAAAGUCGACCAAUUUAAGAAAGUGCUGUUCUCCCUGGGGGGAUCCUUUCUGUAUUAUGCUGACCGCUUCAAGCUCUACAGUGCCUUCUGCGCCAGCCACACGAAGGUCCCCAAGGUCCUGGUGAAAGCCAAGACGGACACGGCUUUCAAGGCGUUCUUAGAUGCCCAGAACCCGAAACAGCAGCACUCGGCCACUCUCGAGUCUUACCUCAUCAAGCCCAUCCAGAGGAUCCUCAAGUACCCGCUUCUGCUGAAGGAGCUCUUUGCCCUGACGGAUGCCGAGAGCGAGGAGCACUACCACCUGGACGUGGCCAUCAAGACUAUGAACAAGGUUGCAAGUCACAUCAAUGAAAUGCAGAAAAUUCAUGAAGAAUUUGGGGCUGUGUUUGACCAGCUCAUUGCUGAACAGACCGGUGAGAAAAAAGAGGUUGCAGAUCUGAGCAUGGGGGACCUGCUUUUGCACACCACCGUGAUUUGGCCAAACCCGCCAGCCUCCCUGGGAAAGUGGAAAAAGGAGCCAGAACUGGCAGCCUUUGUCUUCAAAACUGCUGUGGUCCUUGUGUAUAAAGACGGUUCCAAACAGAAGAAGAAACUUGUAGGAUCUCACAGGCUUUCGAUUUAUGAGGACUGGGACCCCUUCCGGUUUCGGCACAUGAUCCCCACCGAAGCUCUGCAGGUUCGAGCUUUGGCAAGUGCAGACGCGGAAGCAAAUGCCGUGUGUGAAAUUGUCCAUGUAAAGUCUGAGUCUGAAGGGAGGCCGGAGAGGAUCUUCCACCUGUGCUGCAGCUCUCCAGAGAGCCGGAAAGAUUUCCUGAAGGCUGUGCAUUCAAUCCUGCGUGAUAAGCACAGAAGACAGCUCCUCAAAACUGAAAGCCUUCCCUCAUCCCAGCAAUAUGUACCUUUUGGAGGAAAAAGAUUGUGUGCGCUCAAAGGGGCCAGGCCAGCCAUGAGCAGGGCAGUGUCCGCCCCAAGCAAGUCUCUUGGCAGAAGGAGGCGGCGACUGGCUCGAAACAGGUUUACCAUUGACUCUGAUGCCAUCUCGGCCAGCAGCCCGGAGAAAGAGUCCCAGCAGCCCCCCGGUGGCGGGGACACUGACCGAUGGGUAGAGGAACAGUUCGAUCUUGCUCAGUACGAGGAGCAAGACGACAUCAAGGAGACAGACAUCCUCAGUGACGAUGAUGAGUUCUGUGAGUCCGUGAAGGGCGCCGCGGUGGACACAGACCUGCCCGAGCAGCUUCAGGCUGCGUCCAUCAGUCAGCGGGAGAGAGGCCGCAAAAGCCUGGAUAGUCACGCGUCCCGCAUGACGCAGCUCAAGAAGCAAGCCGCCCUGUCGGGCAUCAAUGGAGGCCUGGAGGGCCCGAGCGAGGAAGUCAUCUGGGUUAGGCGCGAAGACUUUGCCCCCUCCAGGAAACUGAACACUGAGAUCUGACUGUCACUUUCCCUCUAGAGAGUGUGUGUAGAUACUCCCCACCCCCCACGCCCUGCCCUCCCCCUGCCCCCUCCUGUCCCCUCAAGGAGGAGAAUGUCCCCGUAGGUGGCACUCUUGCACACACACACGGUUUUGGCGGCUUGACUUUGUGCUGAAGCCACGUCGCCACCCAACUUCGUCAUCUCUCACGACAUCAGAAAGAAUUGUCCAGAAUCCCAAAUAAGCUCGAGUUCCGUCUUCUGUACAUUCCUAAGGGCUCUUAUCCUCAACUAAUCAGGGCCGGAAAAAUUCAAAAAUAAAACAAAAAAAAAAGAAAGAUUCUGUAGCACUGGAAAAAGAAUCACCCCCGGUGUUUUAAGUAUGUUACGACAGAUUAGUUGAAGGGACAGCACAAAAACUAACAAUAAUAAAAGUCGCUCUAUCUGAAAUCAGUCCAGGAGCCAUCUCUCAGUUGGGGAAACCACGUUCAAACACAAAACACAACAAAGCAACUGUACCGUCUACAAUGUUCUUACUCCUUCCCCUCUUAAAUGUCUGAGAAUAUCUGUGUAUUUUAAGAAUGUGUGAGGAGACGGUGGAGAUGUAUGUUUUGAUGAGUUGUUUUUUGGGGUGUUUUUUUGUUGGUUUUUUGUUUGUUUGUUUGUUUUCUUCUCUCUCUUCUGUUUUGGUCCAUGGCUGGUCUUACUCAGUGUCCGUGUUCGGAAGUUCUAGUUUUGCAUAGAAUUAUAAAGAUGCCAAACUCUUUAAGAAGAGAUCCAAAUUUAUCACUUGAAAAAAAAAACACACAAAAAACACUAUUUUUUGUAUUUUACUUGAGAUGCAGGGGCACAAACAGAUAAGAAUUUUACAGUGCUAGUGUAACUCUGAAUCUAAAGAAAUGAGGAUUUUACCUUUUACAGAGAGAGUGAGGCAUGGUGAUUUUAUAUUUAUAUAUGAAAGGCCAACAAGAUGCUUAGGAGAAACUUUUAAAGAAACAGAUUGCUUUUUUUUUUUUUUUUAAAUGUUUGAAUCUCUAUGCGAGAUGGGAGCUUGGCUGGAUUAAACAUGACACCCGGAUGGGCAGUGUGUUAUGUCUGUUGCACGUGGCGGGGGAGGGGAGGCUCCUUCUCGAGGGGUUGCCAUGGUGAUCAUUGGUUUUCCCAUCAAAGUUGCAUCCUCAUCCAUAGAAUACCUGUCCCUUCCCUGACGGUCCACACCAGACCCCUUAACAAAACAGCCUCUUCAGAAACCUAUCUUGUGUUUAAUACUUUCAACAUGCCAACGAAAACAGGGUAAACACGCUAAAAAACCUAACGUUCUCAACAGAUUUCCAAAUAGGUAGAACAAAAACAAGUUAAAGCACUUUUGAUUCUUUUAAAACGGUUUAUAGCUUUUUUUUUUUCUCUCCCAUUUCACAAUGUCCACUUCCUAAGAAGGGUUUCAAUAAUAUGAAAACUUUCUUUUUUGGGGAAAAUAUCUAUUUGGUGUUUGACACAUCAGUAGGUACUUUAAAGACCUGAAUUUUAUAGUAGCUUUAGGAGUUAUAUUUUAUAAAAAUCAGUUAUGACUUUAUAUUUCCAGACAAUAGAGAGUUCAGAACAUCACGCUCCGGUACCCCUGCUUGCUUUACCUGCUUUCCCACCCUCUGUCCCCCCUCCCCCACCCCCCUUUCGGGUUUCCAGGGCUUUGAGCUUGAUCUUUUGAAAGUUUUAUUCUAUUAAAUUUUUGCUAUAUCUUCUGGUUUUCUUAAAAAGCUUUAGAAUGGUUUCUAUACCCUUUGUACCACUGCAUUGUUCCAUAUCACCUCUAGUUCGAUUGUGUCCAGAUGGAAAACGGAAGCAGAGACUUCUGAUAGCCACACUAGUCCCAGUGCAACGGUUCCGUCUGCAGAUGCUAGAAAGUCUGGUGCUUAGAGAGGGUGCCAUUGUCUCUUGUACAUAAGGUCAUGACGUGUCUAUGUCAAAAGUUCUUAUAUAUUUCUUUUAUAAGCUGAAAGAAGGUCUAUUUUUAUGUUUUUAGGUCUACGAAUGGAACGUUGUAAAUGCCUGUCAAACAAUAAAAAUACUGAAAAGUA